UCUCCAUUGCGGCGAGUUUGAUAAGGCUGCAAACGCAACUCGGAUUGUUCGAAAUGGCUCUGGAUGCCUUUGUGCUUCCUAAAAGAGCAUAAAUAAUUAAAGUUUGGCAGGGAGGAAAAGCUUUCUUGCAGAACUGUAGUGGCAAUAAAUGAAAUGACUCAGAAUCUCUUCUCCAGUCAGUUUUUACGAGAGCUGCCAGACAGUGUCUGUUCACGUUCUCCAGAUACUAGGGGCGCCAUAACAAAGUUAAGGUCAAGUUAGUGUCUUAUCUUGGGUGGCACAAAAAUACCGCAUCUUCUCCAGCCGGACCGGGUGUAUUUUUAAACCCGAAUGUUAUGCAAGUCGUCUGAAUUUCCACGGAGGGCUUUUGGAAAUGUCACUUGGACCAGAAUACUUGGUAAUUCCAGGCAACGGUUGCAGAUGUUUCAAGACGCCUAACGGUAAAGUAUGCGCCUGACUGUGUACAUGACGAGCAUUUGUGUGUCGAUGCUAUUUAAUCUGAGCAAGGCGAAAAAAGGGGGGAAUGUAAUGCUCAGAGCCGGGCUGGGAACCGACCCCAGGGCGAAAAUGCUCUGGCAGCCGGGGACCCCCAUGUCUGCCUUGUUGCAGCGGGGUCUCUGCUGCGAUAUUGGACUCCCAUUCCACAAAUGAGAUCGCUUUUUAAGGGUCUGUUUCCUAAAAGGGCUGUUUUCAUAUUAACAAAUCGUCGCCAUGUCUUUGAACUUGAAUUAGUUGAAACCGGUUGGUUCCUGCGCCAAAAUUUAAUUGAUGCUGGGCUUGCUGCAUCGAAAGGAAGGUGAAGGAUUCUGGCUAAGGCGUAAUUAGUUAUUUGAACGAUAAAGAAAAUGAGUUUUCAUAGGUUCCCAGAGCCACCUCUCCUGAUGAGCUUGGCGAUCAGAAACCUGGGGGCACAAUCCAAACGGAUCCCUGCCCUUCUCUGCUACAAGCUCAGGGUGGUAAGUGACGCAGAAGCCAUUUUAACUGCGCAGACAUCAUAUUUAGGAGGUUGUUCAUGUGUUGUAGCAAAAUCGAGAAGGCUCGAAAGUUACCGAUGAAGGGAGGAAAUGGUGGAUUUGUGCCUUGGUUUCUAGUUAUACCUUGCGGGAGUUUGUCUGCUGGCAGCGAUUUGCGGCGUUUGAGGCGGUUUGACAGAGAGUCACGAAGGCAGAGAAAAAUAAAAUUAAAUGAUAAAAAUUACGAUACGGGACAGAGAAAGGAAAAAGAAAAUGAAAGAGGGGGAAAAAAGAGUGACCUUCAUGUUAUCUGGCCGGCAUGGGUCUUUCGCUUUUCGGGAGGGCACGCGGGGCCGGGGGGUGGAAGCCCCCAGGGCAGCCCUGACCCUUUUUUGGGCGCCGGGAGAGGCGGGAGGGGCUUGGGGCAGGCUGCGGGGCACAGCCCGGGCUGGGGGGCUCCCGCCCCCGGAGCCUCUCCGCAGCGCGGAGCCGGGGGCGCGCAGGAGGCGCCUGGCAUGGCGGGGCCGCGGGGCGCUCAGCCUGCGGCUGACCGAGCCCGUCGUCCGCAGCGGCGCCUCGCAGAGCCCCCCGGCCUGCCCCUGGUCUCCCCCGAUGCCUGGGGGCCGGUUCCGUACCUGCCGGGCUCUCUACUCGCUGGGUGGCGGCCGCCUUUGGGGAAGCUACCCGGGGCCUGAUGUCUGGAGGGAGCACCCCGAGAGCGCCUGGGUGGCAGGGGGCGACCCUGCUUGGCGUGCAGAGCUCGGCCGGAUUUCGGGUUCAUUUGGAGAGCGGCAUAUGGCGGGGCCACUCGUGCUAUGCUGUACAGUGGCGGAAAAAGGCAUUCCCAUAGAGAGCUGGCAAACGUUUCUGGAAUGAGGGAUUGCUCGAGCAUAAGGCUAUUGCUGGCGCGUAUUAUUCAUUCUCUUCUCUUUUCAGCCUUUGUGACCUGGUUUGUGCUCGGCCAUGUAAAAUAAUAUUUCAUGGAGAAAGAAAAAAAAAAAAAAAAAAAAAGAAAAUUGGCAAAAAUGAGCCCUCGAGGGCAGGGCGGCUGUGGGGCUGGCGGGUGCUGUGCGUGUCGCCUGCUCCCAACCCUGCUUUUCCCUUCCAAUGAAAGUGAACGUUUGGGUGGGAGUUGGAGGCACGGGAACAGAGGUCACUUUGUGUGCUGCUCUGCUUCCCAAGGAAACCGUGCUUGGUGGACUUCUCUUCCUGCCCUAGCCCUUUUCUUUCCAGAAGAGCCCGAAAGUGCCUGCCUUUCAUAAAAUCCGCUGCUGAGAGAUGUUCCGUUUGCCUAUUUCUCAUUGCAGUUUGUCUCUGGCGCCCUUGUACAAGCGCACGGUGUUUGGGUUUGAGCGAGGGAAAACGAGGUGAUCGGGACUCGUGCUUUGAAUUUCGGGACAGAUUUCGGUGCCAACUGUGGAUUGCUGGAGCCGAGCGGGCAGCCUCCCUCGCGCGCUAGGGCGUGUGAAUGGGGCUUGGCUCUCCCGAAUGAAUCACCGCCCGCUCCCCAUCCGCCGAGCAGCGACCGGCGGACACCGCUCCUGCCAUCGGGGAGCGGCCACGCCACGGAUCCCGGGGAGCCGGGAGCCCGCUCCCCACGGGGCACCUUCCCCGACGGAGCCCCUCUCGCUCGGCGCCCUCCUCCCCCGGCGGCGAUGCGGCGGGGGCGCGCCGCGGGGCCCCGCGGCGGGUGCCCGGGCGGCGCGGCCCCAGGUGAACGGGCACCCGCGGCACCCCCGGGCACCUCCUCGCCUGCUGGGGGAACAGGGGGGAAAGGCGAGGGUGCGCGCCCGUCCGCUCCGCUCAUCCCUCCGUGCUGGGAGGGCUCUUUGGAGAGCUCUUAGGAGCCUUUCCGAAGGGCUGAUAUAGAUAUAAGGACAUUUCUACAUUGCGUCACGUGACAUAAUUACCACUAGAAUCAAUCAAGAUGAAUUGCACGUCAGCACACGGUGGGGAUUUUUUCUUAGUUGAUCCUGUCCAAACCCUCUUGUGCAAUAGAUGGAUCUUGUUCAAUGCAUUGAAGCCUCCUGGUUGCUUGCAAUCGCAAAAAGGAAGACAUGACCGAGUUUGACGAUUGCAGUCACAGCGCAUCCAAUAUGUAUCUGCCAGGGUGCGCUUAUUACGUCUCACCCUCAGAUUUCUCGACGAAACCCUCUUUUUUGUCGCAAUCGUCUUCCUGUCAAAUGACUUUUCCUUAUUCUUCUAAUUUACCUCAUGUCCAACCUGUGCGCGAAGUAGCAUUCAGGGAAUACGGAUUAGAGCGCAGCAAAUGGCAGUAUAGGGGCAGUUAUGCUCCUUAUUACUCAGCUGAAGAGGUGAUGCACAGAGACUUUCUGCAGCCUGCGAACAGGAGGACGGAAAUGUUAUUCAAAACGGACCCCGUGUGCAGCCACCAUGGACCGUCUCCUGCUGCCUCCAACUUCUACAGCUCGGUGGGGAGGAACGGCAUCCUGCCGCAAGGCUUCGACCAGUUUUACGAGACAGCCCCCGGACCCCCGUACCAGCAGCACUCCGAGGGCGAGGGGGACGCGGACAAGGGCGACUUGAAGCCCCAGAACAGCACUUGCAGUAAAACACCUUCCAGCCAAGAAAAGAAAGUGACAACAGCAAACAGCGCCGAUUCCCCUUCUGGUGAGGCUGUUGCAGAGAAGAGCAACAGUUCAGCAAUUCCUCAGCGAUCAAGGAAAAAGAGGUGCCCCUAUACCAAAUAUCAGAUAAGAGAACUGGAACGUGAGUUUUUCUUCAACGUGUACAUAAACAAAGAGAAGAGACUGCAGUUGUCCAGAAUGCUCAACCUCACUGACCGACAAGUUAAAAUCUGGUUCCAGAAUCGAAGGAUGAAAGAAAAGAAACUGAACAGAGAUCGACUCCAAUAUUUCACUGGAAAUCCCUUGUUUUGAAAAAAAAAAAAAAAAAAAAAAAAAAAAGGAAAGAAGGAUAAAGAAAAAGAAAAUAAAAAGAAAAUAAAAAUCGAGAGAGAAAGAGAAAAGGAAGAAAGAAGGAAAAAAAUGAAUAUAUCAGUCUCUCUGACCUGCCAUCUGAAUGCAAAAGUAAAUUGGUUUACAUGACACAUCCACCCUGCGGAACUCAAAGUUUCAUUUUCACGUGCAACUCCCCACACUGAAUGGCCACUGGAGAUUUCGGGGCUUGGCGCAGCAGAUUCCUGAUAAGGGGAAACUAGAGUAAAUCCAGCUGUCCAUUCUCGAGUGUUUCUCGCCAAAGGUGCUUGUUUUCCUCACCCACAGUACCAGCAAUGGACCUGCAGUGUGUCUGGUAGUUUUUGCUUACAAUUAAUUGAGUUCGGGGGGGCCAUGUUGUUGCUUUUGAGCUAGGAUAACACUUUCCUCCCUCUAAGUGAAUGCGGUUUAUUUAAGAGAUGGUAAAUGUACGUUCGCUAUAUAUAAAAUAUAUAUAUAUAUGUUUCUAUUGUCAUCCAAAAGCAUGGGCCACUGUCUUUUUCAUGUGAAUAAAUGGUUUCUAGUAAAGUUAAGGUUAUAAUUUCCGUGCACUGUAUGGAUUUCCAUCUCCGAAGGAUCCUAGCGUUUCCCGGGCUAGAGCCAAGUUCAGUUAAAUAAUAACGGGAGGAAGCCAAGCCGGGUUAUUUUAAAUGCAUUUUAAAAAUAAAUAAUAGCUUAGAGCUGUAACUCUCCCUUUGUAGAUAUCUGUAACCUUCACUGUUCCCCCCUCAGUGUGAGGCAGAGCAAACAUGGCUGUCUGCAGACCAUCACUUCUGAUGGUGCUACAAUUACUAUAAACAACGAAAAAGGCUUUUUAACUGGUCAGGCUCCCAACAAGCCCAGAAUCUCGAAGGCCAAUGACUGUUUACUUGCUAGUGAAGGGUAAGCCAGAACGAGGGCUCAGAGCGGUUGAGACAAGAGGGAGCUAUAAACAAUUGGCACUGGUGGGGAGGGAAGGAAAAAAAAAAAAAAAAAAGUUUGUAGACAGAGGGGAGGAUCUCUAAAAUAUGAUUUCUCGGCGGGGCGUGCGGAGAGCGGAGCUGGCCGGGCACAGUCGCUCCGCAGCCGCUCCGCACCCGCUCCGCAGCCGCGUAACUCCCGCUCCGCUCCCGCGGGCGCGGCGGGCGGCCCUGAGUCCUCCGGCGGGCAGGGAUCCGGCGGAGGUCCCCUCCGCUUUAUGCUGCGUGACCUGGCUAGGCUGUUUACAAAACCUUGAACUGUCUAGACAACACCAUAAAACCCGAGGUUCUAAACAGCUUAAUUGGGUUAUAUUAUACACCUUCUGGUGGGUGAAAAAGAGAUUUCCGCAAUGUGCAAUAAAGGCGAGGAGCGGGGAAAGAAUUUGGCUUUUUUGAAUAGGACGGAGCGGCUCGCGCUACGCUUGCUUUCAGCGAAGGCAAAACUGGGCAAAUUAGUGACGAACGGCCCCAGAAUUAAAAAAUGGAGAAAUGGGAGCGGAGGGAGGCAUGGCUAGAAAAAAAAUUUUUAAACCCUUUAGCAAGAAAAACAUAAGUGUAUGCCUUUGAACUUCCAAAAUGUCAAGGUCAUCACCUUUAACCUUUCUGAAUAAUUAGGCGCCUUAAGGUUCCUCUGUUAUUUUCAACCACCACCCACUCUCUCUCUGUCUCCCUCCCUCUCUCUCACACACACGCACAACCACACACACGCUGAGUACCGCAUAGAUGGCCAUAUUAGCAAAUGCAUCAUAACGCAAAGAAAAUCCCAGCUGGGUCGAGGUGAGCAUCUCCGCGGCGUGCCGGGAGCAAGCCCGGCUCCCGUCCCCGCCAGCGGGCUCCCCGCUUCCCUCUCCUUUCUCUUCCGUGCCCCGGGAACUCGCCCCAAAUCUCCCUUUUUAGCCCUAAAGAAAAAAUGCUUUUGUCGCUCCGAAAAAAAUGCGGGGGCCGCAAGGAACGCUUCGUAAUCUGGGGAGAAGGAUGGUAUUUCGGCAGCUUUUCUCCGGAUGCGCGUUUCCCCGCAAAGCCCAUACAUUGGAAAUGCUGCUAGUCGCGGGGAAUUUCAUUUCGCCUGACCUUAUAGCAAAAUUCUCGCGUCUCUCCCGAGUCUUAAUCCAUAGGGCGAGAACGGCUCUUCUGAUUUUCUGUUCCCUGCAGUGCUUUAACAGUCUAUCUUAGAGGACUAUUAUCCCUUUAAAAUGCCCAGACACCGCAAAAGAGGGCCGCGGAAACCUAAACGCCCCAGCAUUAAUCUUCCAUAAAUGCUCAUUUAUGGCAGUUUUAAGUUUCUAUUGAAAAAUAAAGGGAAAAAAAACACGACUGAAAGCAAAUUGGGCAGAGGAGAAUGGAGGAAAUUCCCUGAUGCUUCGCCACCAAAUGCCACAGGAGGGCGCGCUCAUGUGCUGUAAUGCGCACAGCAGCCCUGAUGUUCAAGGAUAUUUUGCUCCUAAUAAUAAUUCCACUGCUAAUAAAAUAUCUAAUAUAUAAGUAACGAUAAGAUUUCAGGGCCUUCCAAAUGAGAAAAUAAAGCAUCAAAAAGAUUUAUUAAACAAAUAACCCAUAACCGUGACGUGUUCGAGAAAUAUGCUACUUUAAAAGAAAUUUUUUUGGUCGUAAUCUUUUAUAAUGCAUCCGAGCUUUAAAAAAAUCACAUAAUUUUAAG